UGGAGACGGCGGUUAACUGUAAAAGAAACACCGAUUCUCCUCUUCCCCCUCUCUCUUUCUCGCCCUUUCGCGUCUCCGAUCGACGAUGACGGCGGCCGCCCAGCACCACCACAACAACCAAGCGCCGUCCUCCUCCAAACCACCUCGCAGCUCCCUCAACUCCACAUCCACCGCCGGAGCUCCUUCACAGAGCCUCAAUUCGAACAACCCUAGCUCCUCCUCCGCCGCCGCGGCGGAGACGGCGCCGAUCGCUCUCCACGACAGGAACCACCCGUUCUCGCGCGCGACGCACCUCACCCGCCACGAAUUGCUGAAGCGGAGGUCGCACCUACUGAAGCAGCUGUCGCGAUGCUACCGCGACCACUACUGGGCGCUAAUGGAGGAGCUCAAGGGGCAGUACAGGGAGUACUACUGGAAGUACGGGGUCAGCCCUUUUAAAGAGGAGCAGCAGCAGGUAGGGUUAGAGGAUGGAGGGGAGGGGGAGAGGGAGAGGGAAGGAGGUAAUUUCAGCUCUGUGGAGGCGAUGGAUGAGAGCAAUCAUGGAGGCAAUUUGCCGAUUGUGGCGGCGGCGGCGGCUUGUGGUGGUAAUAAUAGCAAUGGGAAUUUGAGUAGCAAGGGGGAAAUUGAGAUGAAGAAUUGUCUGAGCAGUAGGUGUAAAUCUCCCGGGUGUAGAUUGAAGGCAAUGGCUUUGACGGCCUAUUGCCACCUUCAUAUACUUUGUGAUACCAAGCAGAAGCUCUACAAGGCCUGCACGUUCGUCAUCAAGAGUGCUCAAGCUGGACCAAUUACCUGUGGGAAGCCUAUACUGAGAUCAACAGUUCCUGCUCUGUGUACUGUCCACUUCCAGAAGGCUCAGCAGCACAUGACUCGUGCGUUGAAGAAAGCCGGCCUCAACGUUUCUUCAUCAAGUAAACUCGCUCCCAAGUUCCACGUCAUAGUCGCUGAAUACGUACGCCAAAUUCAAGCCAAAAGAAGGGCUGCAAAAAAGGCGAACCUCAUCAAAGAUGCUGUCCCCAGUAAGGAAGUUAAGACCGAAGUUGGCAGUUGCUCGGCGGUGAAAUCCUAAAAGGAACAUAAAACUCAGAACCCUGUGGCUCUCAUCCAACAUGAUCAUGCAUACACUAACAGUCCAGAUGGUACAUCAUGUCAUUCCCGACUUCUGCAAACUGGAGUGCGAGCAGAGUAUGUCCUCAAAUCCUUCUCAGCCUGUUGCAAGCAAUCUUCAUGGAAACCCUUGUUCUGUAUCAGAUUACUUUGCGAGUCUGUUGAUCUUGUGUAUCUUGCACUCGUAGAAUCGAAGACUCUUUUUGUACAGAACCCUGAAACUUGAAAAGAUCUCUUGAAUAUGGAUAUGGUGAUUGUUGCCUCAUUUACUGACAUGCAUUUAUCUCAGUGAAACUAUGGAACCCUUUGGCAAGGUUAAUCUGAUUUCAGUUGUCAAGGAACUGUAAAUUUCACC